AUGGAGGACGCGGCCAACGUGCACCUCUACGCCCACGCUCACCACCUCCAUCGGAGCAAGCGCCCGCCGGCCGCGAUCAUGGACGAGGACGCCGACGGCGACGCGCUGCCCAAGGGGGCGCGGUACCGCGGCGUGCGGCGCCGGCCGUGGGGCCGGUUCGCGGCGGAGAUCCGGGACCCCAUGUCCAAGGAGCGGCGGUGGCUCGGCACCUUCGACACCGCCGAGCAGGCCGCCUGCGCCUACGACGUCGCCGCUCGCGCCAUGCGCGGCAACAAGGCGCGCACCAACUUCCCCGGGCACGUCGCCGCCGCGAGCUACUGGCCGUGGGGCGCGCCGCCGCCGGCCGCGCACACGCGCAACCCCUUCCUCCUGCACAACCUCAUCAUGAGCUCCUCCCCGCACCACGGCCUCCGCCUGCUCCACCACGCGGGCCACGGCCACGUCGUCAGCCCCGCACCCUCCAGACCGCCGGCGCCGGACGCCGCGGCCGUGCCGGCGCCGUCCCCUGUCUCCCCGCCUCCCGGAGCACCGGACGACGAGGACGUGGACGACUGGGGCGACCUCAUGCGGGGCGAGCCCGCGGACGCGGGGCUGCUGCAGGACGCGCUGCACGGCUUCUACCCUGCGGGCGCGCGACCGCGCGGCGGCGCCAGCCGCAACCUGGCCGCUGGCGCCGGCGGCAGGGCGGCCGUGCCGAUAAAGCAGGAGAGGCACGGGGAGUUCAUCGACGUCUACGACGAGGAGGGCGAGUACCCGAUGAUGCCGCAGGGCCUGCUCGGGGACGUGAUCCAGUACCCGGCGUUCGUGGAGGUCGUGGCGGCGCCGUCCGCCCCGACGCGCCGCGGCCGCAGGGGCUGA